GAUGCACACGUGGGCGGAGGAUUGGAGAAACCGAUUACCUGCAACUUCGAUAAGAACCAGUGUUAUAUGAAGAUUGAUACUUUUGAGUCAACAAUGAUCUACACAAUGCACUCACCCUAUGAGCUUGCGAUAUUCGAUAUACACUUCUCUACGCUGGGUGAAACUGACGAGAUAAUCGCUUCGUACGUUGUGCAGGAGACUGUCGCCAGCGACAGCCUGAAGGAUUUAACCAUAAAACAACGCAACUGUAUUUUCUAUGACGAACGCCAUGAUGGUUACAAGUCCUAUAGCUAUAAUCUAUGCGUGAUGCGCUGCCGGGCAGCCAGGGCAUUGGAAUUGUGUAAUUGCAAGCCACAUUUCUAUCCGUUUGUUGAUGGUCCAACUUGCACGAUCGAUGGACUGCUGUGCCUGGCAAGUCAUCCCAGCUGGUUUAGGAAGCAGUCCUGCAGUUGCCUGAAACCAUGUACCGAAACUGUGUUCAUUGAAGUUGGCUCAAGCAAAAGCCAGUGGGUUGCUGUGGAGGGAAUCCUAUUCAAGCAGAAGGCAUCGUUUCGAUGGGAAGUGCUGCAACCAAAAACACGAUUCAGAAGGGAUGUGGUAUUCAGCUUCGAAGAUUUGCUCGUUUCAUUUGCAGGUGGAGUCUCGUUGUUCAUCGGAAACAAUCUAUUUACUCUAGCUCAGCUGGUUGAGUUUGUGAUGAUGGAAAGCAUAGCGAGAAUUCUCAUGUUAAUCAGAUAACGGAUAUGUCAAAAAUAAUUACAAUUAUAGCACGUUUUACUAUGAAUCAUCAACAAAAAUGAAGAGAAUAACUUAUGAGAGUUUUAUACAAGCAUAAAACAUUAGGUUGGCACACUUCUUGAUACGUGCGUUACGUUGAUAACUGUCACUUGUUUUAUGUUUAGUUUAAUUUGCUUAAUUUCAUCAUUGAUUAACAACUGAACAAAGCCUGCGAAUUUUAUUGAUUAUUUACGAAAACCAUGGUUCAGAUCGAGAAAUUCAUCGCGCCCUUCGUCCAUUGUAUGAUCGACAUAAUCCAUCAGAGCAAUUAACUCGAGCAACCAAACAUCGUUUGCGCACCACUUUCACUCUACAGGAUAACACGCACCGUCAGAUGUAUCAGCGCGCUUGGUGCGCAUUAUGGGCCGAUGGAUUCAUUGGUUCAAUCAGUCCUUCUAAAAUAAUACUGGCCAGAACGUAACAGUUAAUGGAGACCGCUACAAGGUCAUAAUCAACCACUUUUUUGUUCCACAACAACAAGUCUCCUUGAUGAGGAGGAGCUAUAGUUUCAACAAUACGAUGCAACAUGCUACACCGAACGUACCACAAUUCAUUUAUUGAAAGAAACGAAAGAAAAAAUUUAUGGAAGUAAGCAAAGGCUACUAUUUUACGCAACCCUUGGAGUGCACACCUUUUUAUAUGAACCUUGUGUUUAUUUUGU